GCAUUGAUCUAGAUAUUCCAGAUCAUUCCACAGAUCUCUGGAGAAUUGUAAAGGCUAUCUAUGGGAUUUACGUCUGCUUGACACCGUCGGAAUGGAUUGCCGCCGGACUACGCGUAGUGCACGACUGCACGUGCGGGGAAAUGGCGGAUUACGGCGAGAAAUGCGGGGACUGUUCGUUCGAUUACGCCAGUCUUUACGAAGACAGGCAAAAGGGCGUUUGCCUGAUAAAAGAAGAGUUUAUUAUCGAGGACCACGUGAGACAAUUGAGUGAACAAUGCUUGACGGAGACGGAUAAGCAGAAGGUAUCCGCUGACGCUGGCGUGGAAGAUGCAGACGCGUCAUCGGACGAGGUACCAGUUAAGAAGCCCAAAUUGGACGACAAGAGGGAGAAGCUCAGGGGUCAGAAUAAGGCGAGGCCGCCGCCGUUCAAAGUUUCCAGGGAACAGAGUCUGUGCCCAUCGAUCGCGGAUCAAACGCCGACGGAGCCCGCGAGGAAAUGCGGGAAUCCACGCUGCACCUACCUGCACGAUCGGAAGGAGUACCUGAAGAUCAAGCCGGAGGACAUAGGCACGGAGUGCUGCACCUUCAAUCUGACUGGCAAAUGCCCGAGGGGAAUCACCUGCAGAAUGGGCGCGCGACACUUGACCGAGGACGGCUUCAAUGUCGUCGACGAGAAGAAGUUCGAGGAGUACAGCAAGUGCUCGCCGGCCAUCAAGAAUCACUUGUCCAAGGACCUGCAGAACAGAUUGCGCAAGCGGAAGUACCACUUUUCCAAAGCGGAGGCAAUCGUCAAGGCUAACGGUCCGUCCAACAAGAAAAAGCCGGGACCGCAGUCGAGUUCGGAUGGUAAAGCGGAGGAGAAGAAUCACACGGGUGUAGCGACCAAUGCUUCUGACAGCAGCAACGGCGAGACGGCGGAGAAACGUGCUUGCGACGACGUGAAAAUGGAAACGGUCACCUCCAACGAUCGCGAUGUCCUGCACGAGCAACCGAAGGAAUUGAAACUCGGACCCGUGGACGACAGCGAUCUGAUCAGGCCGCGACAGUCGGAGAAGAGGACGAUCGACUGGAGGGACAAGAUACUGCUGAGCCCCCUGACCACGGUGGGCAAUCUGCCGUUUCGCCGGAUCUGCAAGGAGUACGGCGCGGACAUCACGUGCGGCGAGAUGGCACUUGCGCCGAAGAUCCUGAAGGGCACGCAGGAGGAGUGGGCGCUGGUGAAGCGGCACGAGAGCGAGGACAUCUUCGGCGUGCAGCUGUGCGGCAACAAUCCGGGCGUGCUGACGCGAUGCGCGCAGCUGCUGAACCGCGAGAUCGACGUGGACUACAUCGACCUGAAUAUCGGGUGUCCGAUCGAUCUGAUUUACCGAAAGGGCGGCGGCAGCGGUAUGCUCAAUCGAUUGAACGUGCUCGAGACCGUGGUCAAAUCCGUCAGCCAGGUGCUGGACAUACCCUUGUCCGUCAAGACCAGAACUGGGGUCUACAUAGACAAACCGAUCGCCCAUAAUCUAAUGCCGAAGUUUCGAGACUGGGGUGCGUCUAUGAUUACCGUUCACGGUAGGUCGCGUGAGCAGCGAUACACGAAGCUGGCCGAUUGGGAAUACAUAGAGAAGUGCGCGGCGGCGGCGCAGCCGAUACCUGUGUUCGGAAACGGCGACGUCCUGUCCUACGACGACUACCGUCGUAUGAGGGAGCUCCACAGUACGGUGCAGGGCAUCACCAUCGGACGCGGAGCGCUUAUCAAGCCGUGGAUCUUCACCGAGAUAAAGGAGAGAAAGUUGAUCGACAUAUCGAGCGCGGAGAGAUUCGACAUUCUCAGGAAGUAUGCGAAUUACGGGCUCGAGCACUGGGGAUCCGACACACGCGGCGUCGAGAACACCAGGAGAUUCAUGCUCGAAUGGAUCUCCUUCCUUCACAGAUAUGUUCCCGUUGGAAUUUUGGAGAGACCGCCGCAGCGGAUCAACGAGAGACCACCGUUCUACAGAGGUCGCGACGAUAUGGAGACGCUGAUGGCCAGUUCCAACUGCGCCGAUUGGGUGAAAUUAUCUGAGAUGUUACUCGGAAAAGUGCCUGAUGGAUUCCAUUUCUUACCAAAGCACAAGGCGAACUCGUGGAAAUAAGUCUACCGCAGGAAGAAAAAAAAACGUAGUUUAGAGAGAUGGGACUAAUUCCACGUUGUUUUUUACGCGCAAUAAAUACGUACGAUACGUAGGAGAGAAGGGAUUGGAUCAUGGUAAGAUGAUGCUAGCGACACUUGUUACGUUUCUCUCAUUUGCGUUUAUAUAAUACAAUAAAUAAAUAUUUUUACGAAA